UGAGGGACGACAUGGCAGCGGCGCGGGUGCUGCUGCUCGUGUCCGGGCGCUCGGAGUCGCCGAGCUUCGCCCAGAGCGUGUGCGGCCUCCUGGGCGCCGGGCCGGGGCUUGGGCGGUGGCCCGCGCACUGCGCCUGGAAGCAAGGACGACUCGUCCUCUCGGACCAGCCGUUCCCAGGCGCCUGGGCCAGGCUUCCGCUCCAGCGACCCCCUUUCUGCCCUUUUGCGGCCCUGGACCAGCAGCUCAGGGCUCGGGGGGCCGAGCUGCCCAGGAAUCGAGGUGUGGAUCUGGGUGUGGCCGUCCUUCUGCAGUCCAGCGACCAGGCCAUCUUGUUAACGCGCAGGACACGCACCCUCCGCGUUUCUCCCAACCUCUGGGUACCCCCAGGUGGGCACGUGGAACCUGAUGAAGAGCUGUUGGACGGAGGGCUGCGGGAGCUCCAGGAGGAAAGUGGACUACAGCUGCCCCAGGGCCAGUUCUCCUGGGUCCCUCUGGGAUUAUGGGAGUCUGCGUACCCUCCCAGGCUGAGCUGGGGGCCCCCCAAAUACCAUCACAUCAUUCUCUAUCUACUCGUGGCCUCCCGAGAGUCACAGCAGCAGCUACAGGCCCGGAUCCAACCAAACCCAAGUGAGGUGAGCGCCUUCAUGUGGCUGGGACCAGAUAUAGCAGCUGUUGUGGCUGCCACAGAGAAUGGGACAGAGACACCCAGACAUCUGCCCCGGGAGCUACCUCCCUCUGUCCCUGGAGCUAGGGGAGGACGGAAGAGCUCGUCAUCUGGCCUUGCCCACAUCCACGCUGCUGCGGACGACCCCAACCACGGCGGCAGAAGGCAUCGAGAGGGUCAGCUCAGGGACCAAGUUUGCCCUCAGGCUCUGGCUUCAACAUCUGGGCAAGUAAAGGCCUUGGCUUCUCGGGGGAGGAGAGGGAAGAGUGCUCCUGGAAAUGCUCAGUGGGACCCCCCACCACCACCACGUGAAAGCAGACCCAGGGCCUGCACGCAAGAAUGGUUCCCCCCAACCAGGGAUCUGGAAAGUGAGGUGCAGAACUCCCUCCCCUGCCCACCUCUGGAGACAUUCACAGAACAUUCAUGACCUUUAUUGUGGGUGAGAACUUUGCUACAACUUUGGGGAUAAAAAGUAGAAUUACAACAUAAUUCCCAGGCCGCAGAGGAGCCUGAAAAAGGAGGCUGGGGAGAGCGGGAAGGUCCCCCCACCUCCCCGAAAAGGUGCAGGAUUAGCCAGACCUCAGCACGGGGCCAGGGGCCUUUAAAAGCUCAGGCCCCAGGCUGGUCAGUCAAUAGCCACAUUGUGAACUUAAAUAUAUAAAUAGAGACCCAGGCAGUAGGCCAGGCCCUGCUCCCCAACCCCAGGGGUCCAGAGCUAAGGCCCUAUCUCCUCCGCAGUCAUACUGGGAAGUAGGAAGCAGGGAAAGUCAUCUUUGGAGUAUUUUGGUUUUUCUUGUUUAUGUACAAAAAAAAAUCUGAAACCCAAAA